CAACAAAAUAUUCGUCAGCAAUGUGAAAUGUCAAAGCUAGUGAAAAUCGGAAAGCAAAGAUUCAUUGGUGCUGCAGAAGUUUUAUAAUUUAUUAUAAAUAGUUAAACGAAAUACAAUUAAGUAUUUGAAACUAAAAAAAUAGGCAAUAAUAGUAAGGCUAUACGCUUCCAUAUUUCAUAACAACACACAGAGGCGAAUAUAUUAUGUUUACAAUUCUUCAACACAUUUGAAAAGUAUCACAUAUAACGGAAAACUUUGCAUUCACAAACAAAAUAUCCCAAUAAACACACAUAUCCAGUAAGACAAUUUUAGAAACCACAACUGGCACAACGGCAGUCGGCAUGUAUCCAUGGAAUUCAACUUCUUACAGCCCAAGUGGCGGUGGUGGUGUCAGUGGCCGCAAUGGCGAACGCCGCAUGACCAUGCCGAGUGGUUUAGACGAUCAAGAAAAGCUGUUAGCUGAAGCUAUUGGCACAGCGCGAAAACAGGCAUUUCAGAUGAAUCACUUCUUGGACAAGGAUCGCAUUUUGGAUGCACUCAAAUGUGCCAGCACAAUGUUAAGCGAAUUACGCACAUCAAUGCUAUCGCCGAAGAGCUACUACGAAUUAUAUAUGGCCAUCACAGAUGAGCUCUGCCACUUAGAAUUGUAUCUGAGCGAGAAGAGCAACAAGGAGACAGAUUUCUAUGAACUUGUGCAGUAUUCGCAUACAAUUGUGCCGCGUCUUUAUCUGCUCAUAACCGUUGGCAUUGUGUACAUCAAAAAGGACUCGACGCUGAAACGCAGCAUACUCAAAGAUUUGGUGGAAAUGUGUCGUGGCGUGCAACAUCCCUUACGUGGUCUAUUCUUGCGUAACUAUCUGUUGCAAUGCACACGCAAUAUACUGCCCGAUGUGCUGGUUGCGGAAAAUGAACACGAGGGCAAUAUAUUAGAUGCCAUCGAAUUCGUUUUGACAAAUUUCGCAGAGAUGAAUAAACUUUGGGUGCGUAUGCAACAUCAGGGUCACUCUAGCGAAAAGUCGCGACGCGAGAAGGAACGUGAAGAGCUGAAGAUAUUAGUGGGCACCAAUUUGGUGCGUCUUUCACAAUUGGAAUCUGCCACAUUGGCACACUAUCAACGUUCCAUAUUGCCUGGUAUUUUAGAGCAAGUUGUCAGCUGCCGUGACGCCAUUGCGCAAGAGUACCUAAUGGAGUGUAUUAUACAAGUAUUCCCUGAUGAAUUCCAUCUGCAAACAUUGGAUCCGUUCCUGAAGUCUUGCGCACAGUUGGAAACUGGUGUGAAUGUUAAAAAUAUUAUAAUAUCAUUAAUUGAUCGCUUGGCAGCGUACAACCAGAGAAGUGGCAAGACCAGCGGCACAGAUAUUGAGUCCAUUAUUCCAGCUGAGGUGGAGCUGUUUGAGGUGUUCAGCAUUCAAGUGGCAAACAUUGUACAGAAGCGCAUCGAUAUGCCGUUGGAGGAUACGAUAUCUCUGCAGAUUGCGUUGCUGAGUCUGGCGCAAAAAGUUUACCCCGAUCGCAUUGAUUAUGUGGAUAAAGUGCUCGGUACUACUACACAAAUUUUGGAAAGCCUUGAAAUGAACAACAUUUCACAUUUUCUAUCGGUGAAUCAGGAAUUGUCACGCCUUCUACGCAUUUGCAUCGAUUUCUACAACAACGCAUUAACUGUUAUACAACUGAAGAAUUUCACACCACUGCUAGACAAAUUCGACUAUAUUUCACGAAAGUCAUUGGCCCUCUAUUUGGUUAUGAAUAUACUCGAGUUUGAAACGCUUAUACCAACAGCUGAACAAGCUGAACAUGUACUGACUAUAAUCGCGCCGCUAAUCAAAGAUGAAGAGCUGCCUUUGGGACCGGAUGGUAAACCCGUGUCACCGCCUGCAAACGGUAAUAAUGUCGAUCCUGAAGAAUUCGGCGAAGAACAAGGCAUUGUUGCACGCUUCAUACACUACAUGAGGGCCGAUGAACCCGACAUGCAAUAUAAAAUCCUACAAACGUCACGCAAGCAUCUGGGUGUCGGUGGGCCACAACGUAUAAAACACGUGCUACCACCACUCAUCUUCUCCGCCUACCAAUUGGCCUACAAAUAUCGUGCUAUUUCGGAAGAUGACGAAAAUUGGGAUAAGAAAUGUCAGAAGAUACUACAAUACUGCCACAGCACAAUUGCGGCGAUAGCAAAAGCCGAUAUGGCGGAUUUAGCUUUGCGUUUGUAUCUGCAAGGUGCGCUAGUCAUCGAUGAAAUCGGCUAUUCGAAUCACGAAACAGUGGCUUAUGAGUUUAUGACGCAAGCAUUCUCACUCUACGAAGAUGAAAUAUCCGAUUCGAAAGCGCAGCUGGCCGCCAUCAUGUUGAUCAUGUCCACAUUUGAGCAAAUGUCAUGUUUCAGCGAGGAGAACGCCGAGCCGUUGCGCACGAAUUGUGCGCUCGCCGCUUCCAAGCUGCUAAAGAAACCCGAUCAAUGUCGCGGUGUGGUGGCAUGUGCUGCACUCUUCUGGAGUGGCAAGAAAAACGCUGGCGAAAUGCGUGAUGAGAAGCGCACGCUCGAAUGCUUGAAGAAGGGCGCACGCAUAAUUGCGCAUUGCUUGGACGUUGGCGUACAAGUACAGCUAUAUGUCGAAUUGUUAAAUCACUAUCUCUUCUAUUUUGAGCGUGGCAAUUCACUAAUCACCGUGGCAAUGUUGAAUCAGCUCAUCGCUAAAAUCAAUGAAGAUCUACCGAAUCUGGAGCCCACUGAGGAGACGAAACAAAUCGAAAUGCAUUACAAGAAUACGUUAGCGCAUAUUAAGAGUCGCAUGGAGUCGAACGAUGCCGGUUUGGAGGUUUCAUUUGCGGGCAUAUCCAUCAAUUAGUGAAAAAAAGUUACUUUUAAAUUUACUUAAAGCGCAUUGUGUUGUUGUACAGCUUGCGUUCGCACCAUUAAUAUUUUAAUUUGCAUUAUCUUUACACGCAUAUUUAUAAAGAUUGAGUGAAAGUAACCAGUACGUACAUAUAUACAUGCAUACAAAAUAUGAAGCACCAGCCCACAAGCACUUCUCGAACAAUAUGUAAAACCCGGUCAGACUAAAUAUAUUAUAUUUUUUUUUUAUAUAAGUUGCUAAUUAAUUUGUCUACUUUUGCUGCUUAUUAUACACUUUUUAUACAACUUAACUAAAGUUCUAAAAGCAAGAUAUUAUUAUGAUCAAUUAACAUUAAUAUCGUUGUAUGAACAGAUUGCAGCUGUAGCUGGUUGUUUCCCAUAUCAAAUUGUAUCAAAUUCCAUUUAUUAUAAAUUUAUUGGAAGACUAUUUUUAUUAUUACUAUUAUUAUUAUUGUAUUGAUAAACUGUUAUGUUGCUGUCUUCAUUAUCGUUAAAAUGACGCCCAUUUAUUCUCAAUUUCUAUAAACAUCUGUAUGUUUCAUAUCCGGCAUUGCUAUUUAUAUAUUUUCAACUCCACAAGCCUAUCCAAAGUUUUGUUUAAAAAGCAACAAAAUAUAUUCUUGAGCGCAUUAUCUUUUAAUUAGUAUUAUCUUUAUUGAUAAAAGCAAGCAA